AUGCUACGACACAUUGCGCGCUCUCAUGCCGCCUUGACAAGACAGCCGCUCGCAUACCGUUCCCAGCAGGCUGGCCCGGUGCUGCGAGGAACAAGGUUGUUCCACCCAUCGUUGGCGCGCGCUUUGAGUGGCCAAUCCGGUCCUCCAACUCCUGGCAACGACACGCCAAACCCAAUUGACGAUGCCGUUGAGCAGGCCGAAGCAGAGGAAGAGGCCGAAGAGGAGAAGCGUGAGGCGAAAAAGGCAGCAUGGAAGAGCACGGCUUGGAAAAUGUUCGAGGCUGCUGCCACCACUGGAGCCAGUAUUUUCAUCCUAGGAUGUGUCGGCAUCGGCUAUACUAAGUACUACAAAUGGAAUGUUCUCGAAAAGAUGGAGAACGCUUUUCGGGAGGGGGAUCCUGUAUUAGAGCUUGCAGCAACUGGGAAAGAGAUGCCGAAAACGGGUGAACCUACACGACUACAAGUCACCAAAGACAUGGAUGGUGAUGACAAGGACUAUGAUCGCUGGAUCCCACGUGAUGAGCAAGAGAAGAUUGACAAGAUCGUCUGGGGUGAGACAAAAGGCCGCUACCACCUGCUCCUAGGCGAAAAGGGCACAGGCAAGACAUCUAUGCUCAUCGACGCCAUGGAUAAGAUUAAUGGUGAAGGAUGUUCGAUGAUGGAAGCACAUGCAGAUUUGGAAGUCUUCCGUGUCCGACUUGGCCGAUGUCUCGAUUUUGAAUACCAUGAAGACAACAUCGGGUCUCUUUUCUCUAUCCGUGGACCUCGCGACGCUGGUGCUAUCCUGGAUAUUGAGCGAGCAUUCAACAAACUGGAGAAGGUGGCUUUGAGACGCCGUGCGACAGUCGGAAGACCGCUCAUCCUUAUCAUCAAUUCCGCACAUCUCAUCCGAGAUAAUGAAGAUGGUAGGGACCUUCUCGAGCUCAUUCAACAACGCGCGGAGCAAUGGGCAGCCGCCAACCUCGCAACUAUCAUCAUUAACUCAGACAAAUACUGGGUGUUUGAAAGACUCAAGCAGUAUGCAACACGCAUGGAAGUACACCAGAUCAAAGACUUGACCAAAGAUCGCGCCAUGCAAGCUCUAAAGAAUUACCGAAUGAAGUAUUAUGGCGAGAAAGUCCACGAGUCUAUUCUGGAAGAAGUAUACGACAAAGUCGGGGGCCGUCUGACCUUCCUAAACCGCGUAGCGAAGUCAGAAAACAUGAUCGAGAAAUGUGACACCAUCUGCGAAAUGGAGAAAAUCUGGUUCCUGAACAACUGCGCGAUUCUAGGCGAGGAGAUGGACGACGACGUCAUGGACCAGCAGAAGUAUGCGUCCACAGCAAUGGUUCUUGCCAACGCCCUUUAUAAAAAGUUUAACGAAAUGGACGUAAACCAUGACCCAGCAGUUGGCCACAUCCUCCCUUCUAUCCCCCUCCACCGCGCCCGCUUCGUCAUGACACGCUCCGACUUUAUUCGUCAACACCAUGACCUAUCUAUCUUCUCCAUCGACUCACACGCUGUCGUUCGCGCAGACUCUGUGCCUAUGCAACGUGCCUUCAACGAAAUCUGCGCUGAACUCGGGUUUGAGGAUUUCUUGGAAGCGACGCUGGAGCGUAUUGGUGCUAUUGAGAGCUUGGGCAGGACCAAGGAGCUUACGUUCAAAGAUCUUUGGGAUGGAGGUAAGUACAGGAUUACUACAAGGGAUAGGAAAGGGAACGUGCAAGGGGAGGUUGAGAUGGAAACUGUACCGGGGAAGACGGAUGAUGACGAUGACGAUGAUGGUGAUGAUAAGAAAGACGACUGA